AUGAGCUCUGGCAACGUUAAGCCUGGCGCACAGUCAAAGCCCAGCCAAGGCAACUUCGCGGCGGUCGCGCCAAGCAGCCAGGCGAUAUUGCUGGACAAGCUGAAUGCGCGAAGGUCCACUCCCGACUCGGAAGCAUUGGCAAGCUCAGAUGACGAGGCGGAUCCUCAUCGCCAAGAAACCUUACCAGCUUCUGUGCAGCCUCCCAAACCCGUUCGCCGAGCUUCGUGGCUAAACGAUACGUCCCAGCCGCCGCUGCCACGCCCAAGAAAAGGAUCUUUCGCAAGUAACUCAAUGUCGCCAACCACCUCCCACCCGAGCACUCCGUCGGCCGAGUCGGGAGCUGGGGCUUGGGGCGCACACUCUGCAUCGUCUGCUGUUCUUGGCCGAGGCCAUACUGGCCCCGCUUCUUUCCCAUGGGGGACCGGCAUCUGGAACAGUGAGAGAAAGGAGCCACCAUCUCGGCUGGCCGAGGUCUUGCCUUCUCCGACGUCAACUAUCCCCCCAGGAAGCUCGGGAAAUUCCUUCUUCGGCGGUGAGGGUGGCCUGACGCACACUUCGCCUGCUCCUCGAGAGGGUCCGAAUUCCCAGAUCCCAUUCGCUAUACCUCUUCAUCCAACUCCCAAGACGUACCGCUCGCAGUCUUACUCGGUAGGACAGCUCGAACCAGAGACGACGGCCACGUCUAUGGGGCCAUCCACAGUUAUAGGGGCUCGAGGCCGGCCCAUUCCGCACUCCGGCCUACAGCAUCGCCCUUCUCGACCUAGCAUGUUGAGUGAAAUGGCGAAUGACGGCACGAUGUUAGGCAAAGUGAACGAGGACGACGAUGAUGACAGCGUCGGUUCUUUGCAAGGAAGCCAGCACCAAUCGGCCGAGGCGGCCAAGACCAUCGAGAUGCUCACGCGUGAAAACGCCAUGCUGCGUCAGCAGCAGUACCAGAAUGCCCGUCUCAGACCCCGGGCUUCAACUGCGGCCGCCUACGGGUUGGGAAACGGAUACCUGCAGGAGGCCGUCCCGGAGGAAUCAGACUAUGCCAUCGAUGAACACGAUGAAGCCAACGACGGUUCUGAUUUGGCCGCCAAGAGAAGCCUUGCGAGAAGGAUGAGUGAAUACGGUGCGGGCCCUUUCUGGUCGCCAUUCCUUGUGGAGAACAGAAAGCUUGAGAAUGUGAAGAAAGGCUUCUGGCAAAGCUCGCUUGGUUUCGGCGGAUCGGGAGACCUCCCUCAGAGUAGACGACACUCGUUUGCCGAUGUGCCAACUCGGCAAGGUUCCAUUAGCUCGAUUGGAGAGUCGGGUGUGUCGCAUGAGCCCGGUUCUCAGGAUGGAGUUCACUCGCAGGAGUUUCCAAGCGCUUACCCCGAUAGUCAUGGCUAUCCGGUAUCCAGUCAAGGCAAGAACCACAGAACGUUAAUUUCGGCGUACUUCAAUGGCGGUGCCAACCUUGCCGGGCCCCAGCAGCCUCUUGGACAGCCAGGAUAUGGCAGUCAAUAUCCAUCUCCAUACGCUACACUCCACAACAGCUAUUCCAACAGACCUACGUCGCCGCAUCGCAAUAUGUAUGGGAUGUCACAGCCACGACAUAAUCAGUCCCUCUAUGUCGUCCUCUUCAAAUGUGCCAGAGCCGAUGUGUUCUAUAUACAGGAAGGCACAGGACUGAACGUUAAGCCUGGCGACCUGGUGAUAGUGGAGGCUGAUCGUGGCACUGACCUGGGGACUGUUGCUAAGAGCAACAUCGACUGGCAGACCGCCAAAGAUUACAAGGAGCACUACGCCGAGGAGCAUUAUAGGUGGCUGAUAAUGUACUCGCAGAACGCAGCUGCUGCACAAGAGGGUUCCGGUAGUGGUGUCGCGACCACAUCCAACGGACUUCAAGCGAGCGCCGUUGGCGGCAUGGGGCCCCCGAGCCAGCAUCAUAUGCAAGAGCCCGCAUCAGGCGAGCUGAAGCCAAAGCUGAUCAAGCGCCUUGCGCAAAGCCAUGAGAUCCACGCCUUGCGGGACAAGGAGGGUAAUGAGGCCAAGGCGAAGCGUGUUUGCAUGCAGAAGGUCAAGGAGCACGGCCUCAACAUGGAGAUCCUGGACGCUGAGUUCCAGAUGGACUGGAAGAAGUUGACAUUUUACUACUUUGCCGAUUCGUAUAUCAACUUCAACUCUCUUGUCACCGAUCUCUUCAAGAUCUACAAGACGCGAAUUUGGAUGUCAGCGAUCAACCCAGCCUCGUUUGCCAGCCCGGCACUGGGGUUGCAGGCGCCGAGCGGCAUUGGCCCCGGCGCAGUCGGGGUUGGCCGAGGGUCCGGUACAGCUGAGCGUCGGCAGAACACACAGCCAGAGCCACAAGCGGCCUAUUCUGGAUCGGCUCAACCAAGUCGCGGCGCUCCUUCGGCAUUUCCUGUGGCAUACGGUUCUGAUCGAGCCGUCGUACCAGGCGCGCCUGGUUACCCAGUGGGCAACUAUCCAUACAACCACUACAGCACGUUCGGAAAUACUGCUCGACCAGGUGCUUUGCCAUUUGCUCCUGGCAUGAUGCAGAAUCCAGACUCGUACACGGGUUCUUUCCCGAGCGGCGGGGACUACGCGGCGCGUGUAGGCCGCUUCCCGACGCCUCAAUCUGCAGCUGGUGCGCAACAUGACCAGGCUGUCCCGGCCCUUGGACAGCAGAACGAUUGGGUAGGGGCGUUCCAUGGCCUUUCACUGAACUCACGUUGA